CGACCCAAAACGUGCUACAAAGGCUGCCCACGCGCAACGUACGCACCAAUAAGUGCGAUCAGGCGGCACAGGACAAUGCUGGAUGGUAAUCAUAGCAAGAAGCAUCGCGUGAGGACGACGCCGGUGAGUCUUCUGCCGGGGGACCGCAAGGAGCGGCUCUGCGCCAUGGCCGCCGAGGCCAGGGAGAAGCUUCGACCAUGGGCGCUGCAACCGGCAUCGGGCGUGAGCACGUUCAACCGGCUUUACAUGGCGCUCGGCGAGCAGGAGAGCGUGGGCGGACUGCUGCACAUCGCAUCACUUGGCGCGGACGGAGGCGAUGUGACGGAGGAGCACAUCGACGCGUUCCUUGAGGAGAGCAAUGCGUUCUUCGAUGGCGUCUUCCACACGGUGAACCAAUUCGCGAUCGUCGCUGCCCUCACUUUUACCAUCUCCGUGCCGCUAGCCGUGUACAACCUGGACGGCAUCGAGACGUUCGGGACGCGGGACGCGGCCCUGGGCGGCGACGGGAGCCCGGCGUGGUAUCGGGCCUGGCACGGGCCGCGGGCGCAGCACGCCUGCCACUGGGCGUCGUGCUGUCUGAUCUCCCUGUCGGUGUACUGCAGCUGGGAGGCCAUCUCGCGGUGCUUCAUGCUCAUUCCCACCUAUAGCCUCUACAUGCCGGACAUGGAGGCGAGGCUUCGAUUCUUUAUGCUCGCCCCGGCGUCCUGGCGUCUUCCGCUUGGACGGGUCGCGGCGACGACGUCGGCGCGUCGUCUCGAGACCCACGCACGCCAUCGCCGCAAACGCAGGCUUCACUACGAUCAAAUCAUGUGGGUCUGGCCCUACACGUGGGGGAGCGGGUGUCUCCUGCUGUUGGCGUUGCCGUUCCUCGGUGCCCGAAUUAGUCCGGUCGUGUCUAUGUGUACAGCCAUGCCCGCGGUCGGUGCCAUUCGCAUGAUCAAGUCGACGUGCUGGAAAUGGGGGAAUAUGUCGGGAGAUUUCCAACACGAGCUCGCGAAGCAGCUGCUCGCCGCUGACGACAGUUCGGGCGGGGAAAAGGCCGUAAGCUAAUCUAGCGUAUCGACACACUAGCUGCAGCGCCGGGUCGACUCAAACAGCGCGGUGUGCUGUUGCUGCUGCCGAAGCGCAACGAACGCGACGCAGGGAUACUCGCACGGUCUAAAAACGCGCGGCCAAGGCUGCCCGCGAGCAAUACGUGCGAUCAGGCGGCUAUCACACCAUGCUGGACCAAGGCAAAAGACACCGCGUGCGACCGACGCCAGCGAGCUUGCUGCCUGGGGAUCGGAAUGCGCGGCUCUGCGCCAUGGCUGCAGAGGCCAGGGAGAAGCUGCGGCAUUGGUCUAGUCAGGAGAAGACGAACACGUUCGAUUCCCUGUACGACGGGGUCGGGGCGCAUGAAGGCUGCGGCGGGUUACUCCGCAUCGCAGCGCUCGACCCGACCGGCUCCGGGCAUUUGACGGAGGCGGAGGCGGAUCGAUUCCUGUGGGAAAGCAGCCAGUUAUUUGAGGAAUUGAUUCACUUUCUGAACCUCGCAGCCCUCGUCGCGGCGCUAGCGUUCACUGUCGCCGUUCCACUCGCCGUGCUCAAUCUCGACGGACUCUCGACGUUCGACGCGAUUGACCCGUCCCUCGGCGGCGCCCAGAGUCUGGGUUGGUACAAGCGGUGGCGCGGACCGAGGCUGCUGCAUGCGAUGCAUUGGACGGGGAAUGGUUUGAUCGCGCUCUCCGUCUACGCUUCUUUCAAGGCCAUCGCUUUGUGCUUCGUGAUGAUACCUAGCUAUAGCUUCUACCUGCCGGACGUCGAGUCGCGGUUGCGAUUCUUCAUGCAGGACCACAAGGAGAUCCAGUACGUCUGGGCCUAUACCUACGGGAGCGUGGCGUUGCUGCUUCUAUCGCUCCCCUUCCUCGCGGCGCGAAUCUCACCGGUCGCGUCCACGUGCGCCCUCAUCCCGGCGGCCAGCGCCUUCUCGGUGUUUCGGGCCCUCUUGUUUCGAGCCGAUCACAUGGCGAACUUCCAGCUCGACAUCGCGCGGCGACUCAUGGCGGACGGCGGCGAAAUAUUUCGGGGGGAGGUCGUAAGCUAG